CAUAGCAUGAGGAGCGGGGGGUGAAGGCAAUGCAACCCCAUGGCUCAUCCCAUCCCACCCAUUGGGCCCCAAGGGAUGGGAACGCCGGGCAGGGGGAUACGAUCACAUUUCCCACCCCCACCCCAGGAAAACGCCUGCGGCCCAGACAGGAAAGAAAUAAAAACUGGGAGAGGCACCCAGCGAAACCAGCCCCGCACCCCCACCACCUUUGCCCCUGGGACGGGGCUCAGCCCAGCAGCCCGGGCUGCCAGACACGUGUUUGCACACCUUUGUUUAUCGUAGGACCUACGAGAAGGCAAAGCAAACACGGCCUCGCCUUGCUCCCUGCAGGUACCCAGCAUGGAGGGCAGGGAGGAGGCGGGCGACUCGGACAGUGGGAUCAUGCUGCAUUUGGGCCCCGGCAGCCCCACAGCCCCGCUGAAGGAGUUGGCACAGCGGGUGCGCAGGCAGCAGCAGGCACUGGAGCUGUGUGUGCAGGAGCUGCGGCGGCUCUGCCUGCGUGAGGCGGAGCUGACGGGGACGCUGCCCCAAGAGUUCCCCCUGAAGGCUGGUGAGAAGCCCCCCAAGGUGCGGCGCAGGAUCGGGGCAGCCUUCAAGCUGGAUGAGAGCCUGGUGCUGCGUGGGGCGGAUCCACUGGGCGCCCUGGAGCGGGACCUGGCGCUGCAGAUGCAGAUUGCCAGAGCUGCACAUCGCCUGUGCCGGGAGGAGAACAUCAGCAAACAGCUGCGCCGCAGGAGGAAGACGGCAGCAUUGAAGGAGGAGCAGAAGCUGAAGGCGCUGGAGGACACCCUGCUGGCCGAGCGCCGGGCCCUGUCUGCUGGUGGCGCCGGGGGGGCUCAGGAGCUCAGCGCGUCGGAUGAGAGCUCGCUGUCGGAUGCUGCGUUGCUGGAGGAGGAGGAGGCACAGCCGAUGGGAGCCGGCACCCCGCAGCGCCUUCCAUCUCCGUGCCCGUGGCCCCGCUUGGCUCCUGAGGAGCAGAGUGAGGAUCCGGGGUGCCCCUCUGCACCCCCCGGCCCCUGGAGGGAGACCAGCCUCGAUGGACCCUAUGGGAAGGCCAAGAACAUCAGUGCUGAGCCUGGGGAUGGGGAAACCCGCGCGUCCCGGUGCCGCCCCACGUCCCCACCAGCUGUCACCUCUGUCCCCAUCAGCCCUGACUGCAGGGCUGGGGAUGUGGCCCCGUAUCGCUUCAUCCCCAUCCGGAGCGUGGUGCUGUGCAGGCAGAUGGGAUCCAGUGCUCCCAGCACCCCAGAGCCAGCGAUCCGACGUGGACAGUGCCAGUCCCUGAGGGUGGACUCACGCUGGGAGCCGGGUGAGAUGCGGGGCCGCAGCACAGCCCCCCGCCGCCGCCCCACGUACUACACAGUGACAGUGCCCACCUCCUGCCCCCCAGCCCCCAGCCCCACACCGCGCUCCGGCUCCGACGACAGCAUCUCCGACGUCUCCAGCGUCUCCCACGCCACCUCCCCGGGCAGCAGCAGCCCCGACGUCUCCUUCCCACGUCCCCCAGCCCCACCACCCUGCACCGAACCCACUUUCUACCCCCGCGGAGCCCCCCGGCUCCUGCCACCCCCCGGCCCCCCGGUGUUCCUCUAUGAGCAGGACCUGGCCCCGCUGCGCUACCAACGCCUGGUGCCCUCGCACAGCCGCAUCGUGCGCACCCCCUCACUUAAGGACUACGUGCCAGGGGGGUCCCGUGGGCUCUCCAAAGCGGCGGUGACAGAGGAGCUCAAAUCGUGGCACCAACGUGCCCGGCUGCGGGGAGCCCGGCCUCAUUCCCUCGACAGACAGGGGGCCUUUCGGGGACACCGCUGUGGGAACCCCCAGGAUGGGCCCCCCGUCCGUGGGGCACCGCUGCGGGCUCAGGCAGCCCCGAUCCGCAUCCUGCGGCGCUCCCCGCCCGGCGUGCCUGUGCAGGUCUACGUGCCUGAGAACGGCGAGAUCAUCACACAGGUGUGAGGUGGCCCCCAACCCCACGGGGCACGGCCUGGCUGGCCCAGGGCAAUGGGGACAGUGGGGACACAGCCGUCAUGCACCCCUGGGGGCUUGGGAUAGGGGAUGGGGGCACAGCUGUGGGGUGGGGUGGGCAGGGCUGGCUCCUUACGCUGUCCCAUGUCACCGGUGACCCCUGAAGGGUCUGCAGUGCAGAUGUGUCAUAAUCGGGUAUCUUUUUUUUUUUGCCUAAUAAAUGUGGUCAUUUGGGAUCUCUGUGUGGUCGCUUCUGUCCUUGCCAUCUCCUCGGGUCGUGUCCCUCUGUCCCCAGUGCCACCAACAGCGCUGGGGUGAAGCCACGCGUGGCUGAGACUGAUGCUGAGAAGGGGACAUGGGGCAGGGAUGGGAGCAGGGGAGGGGGAGAGAGUGGGGUGUGGGACCUCUUCCAUACAGCGGUAGGGUGUGGGGUGUGAGAGAGCGGGA